AGGUUCUCCUGCGUUGGCUUGAACCAUGGACGAAGCAUUCGAUUGCGCCAAGAAGCCGGCCGACCGAGUCUCACGACUGACCAGCCAAGCAAGCAGGCAAGCAAGCAUGCAAAGACUACAUCACUCGAUGACCGUUACGGAACGAAGGGGGGUUUUGACAAUGGAAUGGCCCUUACGCUGCACACAACAGCUCGGAGCGACCGACUGACCCGUUGCCUCUCUUCCUCGCGAUUUCACACGCUGAUGGGAGAGAAUUAACUCGCGUACCUUUAGUACUUUGCCAGAGGGAUAACAGAGUGUCGAUGAGCCCCCAUGUGGUACAUCACACGUAUAACGAGGACGAAAGAAAGACAUUGAUAGAGAGGGUUGUCUUAUGGGUCGUGCGUGCAAGUUAAGCAGCGCGGUUUGACGGUAAUAAUGACUGGGAGGGUCCCCACGAGUUUGGCACCACUGCUUAAAGGCAUGGUUGCGCGAAGGAUAAGAACUUUGUUGACCUCCCUACUGCAUUCUGAAUUUCUAAAACGAAAAGCAUGGCGUUCAGGAGUUGGUUUGUUUUCCUUUACUUUGCGGCAAUCUGCUUUUAUUUUUUUGCCAUAUGGGUUCAUUGGCUGCCGAGGGUCUCCAUGAGAUGGGCUAUAUAUGUAUGGACUUGGGCAUGAGGGUGUGGCAGGCGUGGCAGGCGUGGCAGGCACGCAUCGGUGAUUUUCUUUUUUACCCCCCUCUUCCAUCCUUCUCACGUCACGAGUAUUCACAGUGCUUAGUGUGUGCCGUGCGAGUGGCGUGAGCCUUGCAGAAGACAAAAGGACUCUUGCUGCCUCACGUUUGGCUGGUGCCUAUGUGCUUUUUUCUCUCCCUCCCUCUCCCCCGCCUUGCUUGGUUGCCAGACUGAUUGGCGUAUGGGAGGAAAUUGGAACUGGUUCUUCUGGUUCUUGACGUGCUCUUAGUGAUUAUCUGCACAGUUGCUUUGAUGGUUUUCCGAAGGGGUAGAGGAGGAAGAGGACCCGGCCGAACCGAGAUAGAAUUCUCUCUUCCCCCCUAGGCAUAGAUUGAAUGCAAACCACAUUGUGUG